UCGGCUUUGUUAACAUGUGCGUGCAGUUCAGUUACACAACUAAUGUACGGACAUCGGUCCCAAUAAGUGCUGUGAGCGUAUUGAUUUUGAAUAAGACAGCCCCAGGGCACUAUGGAGCCCCUGCAGAAAGAUGCGAAGGUCAAUCCGUCGGCCACAGCCAAUCUUCUUUCUAAAGUGUUCUUCUGCUGGCUGAAUCCUUUGUUUCGGAUCGGAUACAAACGGAAGCUGGUUGAAGAUGACAUGUACCAGGUGCUGCCUGAGGAUGGGUCCAAGAGACUGGGAGAGGACCUUCAAGCAUAUUGGGACCAGGAAGUCGAGCAGGCAGCGAAAGACCUCCGAGCCCCCAAGCUCACCAAAGCCCUCAUCAAGUGCUACUGGAAGCCAUAUGCUGUUUUAGGAAUCUUUACUUCUAUAGAGGAGAUAAUCAAGGUGGUUCAGCCCGUGUUCUUAGGAAAGUUGAUUCAGUAUUUCGAGAAUUAUGACCCUAACAACAUGGAGGCUCUGUAUGAGGCGUAUGGCUACGCUGCUGGUGUGUCCCUGUCCAGCAUCGGGCUGGCCGUCCUCCACCACCUCUAUUUUUACCACGUCCAGCGGGCUGGCAUGAAGAUCCGGGUGGCCAUGUGUCACAUGAUCUACAGAAAGGCCCUUUGUCUCAGCAGUACAGCGAUGGGAAAAACAACCACAGGGCAAAUUGUGAACCUCUUAUCCAACGAUGUCAACAAGUUUGAUGAGGUCACAAUUUUUUUGCACUUCUUGUGGGUAGGGCCGCUGCAGGCUGCCGCCGUGAUAGGGCUGCUGUGGUACGAAAUCGGCCCAUCAUGCCUUGCAGGAAUGGCCGUGCUGGUCUUCCUGAUGCCUUUGCAGACCCUGUUUGGGCGUCUGUUCUCCUCUUUCAGGAGCAAAACGGCAGCAUUCACCGACAGCAGGAUACGCACCAUGAAUGAAGUUGUGUCCGGCAUCCGCAUCAUCAAGAUGUAUGCCUGGGAGAAGCCCUUCUCUGCUCUCGUCAAUGAAGUUAGAAGGAAGGAGAUCUCGAAGAUCAUGAAGAGCUCCUACCUCCGCGGGCUGAACAUGGCGUCCUUCUUCGUGGCCAGCAAAAUCAUCCUCUUCAUCACCUUCACCGUCUACGUGCUGGUGGGCAACACCAUCUCGGCCAGCCGCGUGUUUGUGGCCGUGUCCCUGUACGGGGCGGUGCGGCUCACCGUCACGCUCUUCUUUCCCUCGGCCAUCGAGAAGGCGUCCGAGGCCCUCAUCAGCAUCCGCAGGAUAAAGAAAUUUCUCCUUCUGGAUGAAAUCGUGAAGCACGCAGUCGAGAUCUCCCAGGAGGAGAAGCAGGAGCCCAUGGUGGAGAUCCAGGAUUUGAUCUGCUACUGGGACAAGAAGCUGGAUGCCCCAACCCUGCAGAACGUGUCCUUCACUGUGAAGUCAGAGCAGCUCCUCGCCGUCAUUGGACCAGUGGGGGCAGGAAAGUCCUCCUUGCUGAGCACCAUCCUGGGCGAGCUGCCGAAGGAAAAGGGCGUGGUCACGGUAAAGGGGGACCUGACCUACGCCUCCCAGCAGCCCUGGGUCUUCCCUGGCACCAUCCGGAGCAACAUCCUCUUCGGCAAGGAGCUCCACCCUCAGAAGUACGAGAAGGUGCUGAGAGCGUGUGCGCUCACCAGGGACAUGGAGCUGCUGCCAGAGGGGGAUCUGACGGUGAUUGGGGACCGGGGAGCCACACUCAGCGGGGGACAGAAGGCCCGUGUUAACCUUGCCAGGGCAGUGUACCAGGAUGCUGACAUCUACUUGCUAGAUGACCCUCUCAGCGCUGUGGAUGCUGAGGUUGGGAGACACCUGUUCGAGCAAUGUAUCUGCGGCUUGUUGAGGAAAAAGCCACGGAUUCUGGUCACCCAUCAGCUGCAGUACCUGAAGGCUGCAGACCAGAUUCUGGUCCUGAAGGAGGGUCACAUGGUUGCCCGGGGGACCUACACCGAGCUGCAGCGCUCCGGUGUGGACUUCACCUCCCUGCUGAAGCAGGAUGAGGAAGAGGAGCAGCAGGGGGCGGAGCCUCGCAGCCGAACCCUCUCCCAGACCUCCAUGCGCUCCCAGUCCUCCUCCCUGAUGUCCGUCAAGGAUGGGGCGGACCAGCUGCCGGUGGAGCAGGUCCAGUCCAUUGUGGAGGAGAGCCGCUCUGAGGGAAAGAUUGGCUUUGGGCUUUACCUGAAGUACUUCCGAGCAGGGGCCAACAUCCUGGUCCUGCUGUUUCUAAUACUGCUCAAUCUCUUUGCUCAGACAUCAUAUAUCCUGCAGGACUGGUGGCUAGCUUACUGGGCCUCGGAGCAGCAGCGGCUGAACGUCACGGAGGAAGUCCCCCCCGACAGCAACGUGACCCAGCCGCAGCUGGACCUCAACCUGUACCUGGGUGUCUAUGCAGGGUUGACAAUGGCCACCAUCGUCUUCGGCUUCCUGCGCAGCCUGGUGUUCUUCAACGUGCUGGUGAGCUCGGCACAGGCGCUGCAUAACCGCAUGUUCCAGUCCAUCCUCCGCACGCCCGUCCGCUUUUUCGACAUCAACCCCAUUGGGAGAAUCCUCAACCGCUUCUCCAAGGACAUUGGUCACCUGGACUCUCAGCUGCCCUGGACAUUUGUGGACUUUAUCCAGGUGUUCCUGCAGAUCAUGGGCGUGAUCGCCGUGGCGACCUCCGUCAUCCCCUGGAUUCUGAUCCCCGUCGUACCCCUGCUCAUCAUCUUCCUCUUCCUGCGGCGCUACUUCCUGCAGACGUCCCGGGACAUCAAGCGGCUGGAGUCCACCACUCGGAGUCCCGUCUUCUCCCACCUGUCCUCCUCCCUCCAAGGCCUGUGGACGAUCCGAGCCUUCAAAGCAGAGCAGAGAUUUCAGGAGGCGUUCGACGCACAUCAAGAUCUGCAUUCGGAGUCCUGGUUCUUGUUCCUGACUACGUCCCGAUGGUUUGCUGUCCGGCUUGACGGCAUCUGCUCGAUCUUCGUCGCCAUCACCGCCUUUGGCUCCCUACUUCUGCGAAACGACCUGGAGGCCGGCGCGGUGGGCCUGGCCCUGUCCUAUGCCGUGACGCUCAUGGGGAUGUUCCAGUGGGGGGUCCGGCAGAGCGCCGAGGUGGAGAACAUGAUGACUUCAGUGGAGAGGGUGGUGGAGUACACGGAGCUGGAGAGCGAGGCGCCCUGGGAGACCCAGAAACGCCCCCCGGCGGAGUGGCCCACGCAGGGCUUCAUCACCUUUGACCGGGUCAACUUCGCCUACAGUGCCGACGGGCCCGUGGUCCUGAAGAAUAUGAAGGCUGUGUUCCGAUCCAAAGAGAAGGUUGGCAUUGUGGGAAGGACCGGUGCCGGGAAGAGCUCCCUGAUCUCCGCUCUCUUCCGCCUGGCGGAACCGGAGGGGAAGAUCUACGUCGACGGCAUCUUAACCUCGGAGAUCGGCCUCCACGACCUGCGUCAGAAGAUGUCGAUCAUCCCCCAGGACCCAGUGCUCUUCACUGGCACCAUGAGGAAAAAUCUGGACCCCUUCAACCAGCACUCUGAUGAGGACCUGUGGAAUGCCCUCCAAGAGGUGCAGCUGAAGGGCGUGGUGGAGGAGCUGCCGGGGAAGCUGGAGACCCAGCUGGCCGAGUCUGGAUCGAACUUCAGUGUGGGCCAGAGGCAGCUGGUGUGCCUGGCCCGGGCCAUCCUGAGGAAGAACCGCAUCCUCAUCAUCGACGAGGCCACAGCCAACGUGGACCCCAGGACAGACGAGCUGAUCCAGAAGACCAUACGGGAGAAAUUCAAGGAGUGCACGGUGCUCACCAUCGCCCACCGCCUCAACACCAUCAUCGACAGCGACCGCAUCCUGGUUCUGGACGCCGGGAGGAUACACGAAUACGCUGAGCCCUACGUCCUGCUGCAGAACCAGGACAGCAUCUUCUUCAAAAUGGUCCAGCAGACAGGCAAGACGGAGGCGGCCGCGCUGCUACAGACGGCCAAACAGGCCUACGCCAACAGGAGCCAUCCAAACAUGGCCAACGGAGUGGCGCACAGCACCGCGCCGGACGGCAGCCUGAUCAUCUUUGAGACGGCGCUAUAACAGAGCAAAGGAGGUGUGGCUCCCGGAGCUGUGAGACAUGGACCUCUACCCAGUAAACGCAAUACAGUCUCCCAGCCACUUCCAUCCUCCAGUCUCUUUGCCACAUCCAUUCUCCACACAUCCAACCACAUCCCCUCUCGCUGCCAUAUCCACACUCCCAGCCACAGCCUCUAACCCACCGUCAGCCACAUCCUCACUCCUGGACGCAUCUACACUCCAACACCUAUCCAUUCUCCACUUCCCCCUGCCACAUCCACUCCCAUCCCCAUACAAAUCCACUGUCCCAGACACUCUCCACUGUUCCGGCUACAUCCAUAUUUCACUAUCCUCUGUACAUGCACUGCCAUCCCAGAGAAGUGGAGUACAAAGAAUUUUGCGCACAGUAAACUGUCCUAGUUUCAAGGAGGUGUCUGGGUUGUAAAUUAUUUGUUUGUUGUUGCGGAGAA